UAAAGCUUUUAAAUUGCAAUCACUUCUAGAGAGAGAAAAACCCACCCCCAUUCGAGAGAGGGAGAGAGAAAUAGAGAGAGAGCAGAUGCAUACAAGGUGUUGAAUUCCUGUGUAUUAUUGUGAUGAUGAUCUCUUUCUGGUUAAAUUAAUGGCAGAUCCGUACGGAAUCAACGCUCGCCCAUCCUUAAUCGAAUCGGACGACAUGUCUUCGAUUCUUCAUGAUAUUCUCCACUAUUCAUCUGCUCCACCUUCAAAUUCUUCUUUAAACUCACUUAAAUCCAAAUACCUGGAAGCGGAGACUUCAGCCACUGCCGGAUUGUUUUCCCGAUCGGAGGAUUCGGAUAACCGAGUCAGGGACGGAGCGUCCGCCUCCGUGCUCCACUCGGCUUCCAGUUUCAAUUUCUCCGAUCCCGGUGACUACUUUCCGAUUGAGGUGAAAGAUAGUACAAAAAACACUUGUUCUAUGGUUGGCGGCCUGGAAUCUAAUGCGAUCACGUCGAUGAAGGGCAGAGAGGACUUCAAGGGACUUGAAGCGUCAGAGGUGACGGUAGAUCCUAUUCCGCCGCGUUCCUCCAAGAGGAGCAGACCAUUAGAGGUCCAUAACUUGUCCGAGAAGAGGAGAAGGAGUCGAAUCAAUGAGAAAAUGAAAGCAUUGCAGAGUCUAAUUCCGAAUUCUAACAAGACUGAUAAGGCAUCAAUGCUGGAUGAUGCCAUUGAAUAUCUGAAGCAGCUUCAACUACAGGUACAGAUGCUGACUAUGAGAAACGGAUUAAAUUUCCAUCCUACUAAUUUGCGUGGAUCAUUACAACCAAUUCAACUCCCCCAGAUGGCAAUGAAUUUUAAGGAAGAAAAUGGAUUGCUGAAUAUGGACAGAGGAGCAGAUACCUUUCCUGGGAAUCAAGAAAUUCCUAGGCGAACUGCAUUUCAAAUUCUCAACCAUGCUGCCCCAAGCCAACCAAUGGUAAUACCCCCAUUAACAAAUAUUAUGAAUUUAGAGAGCUCCUUCUGUUUGGAAACAUCAAUUCAGACUCAGUAUGGAGUUCCCAAUCAUUUGACAUCUUCAAAGGAUAUCUACCGGGAUGAUAUACUAUCACGGCUGAAUUUAGAUAUAAGUUGCUCGGGUCACAAUUCAUCACCGGGUGUGUCUUCUUAGCCAAAAAGAUGCUGGCGUAAUAGAAGUGGUACGUGGAGUGUUGGCAAUCAUAUUCAAGACCUUUGUUUGAAAACCACAGAAAUGGUAAAUAAUUCUUAAAAUUGCUGAUGAAUUAUUUGGUACUCUCUCUCUCUCUCUCUCUCGCGCGCCCGUUUGAUCAGCUCAUUAGGUUAAUUGUGCCAAAAGAAGCAUAAACAGACUUGUGGUAUGUGUAACUACUAAAACUCUUGUUUACUUAACCUAUGACUGUUCCCGUUUCCCAUAUGUUUUUAUCUACAAAGGCAUGUUUU